AUGGUUGUACUCAAGAAUGAUACUCCUUCACUGCAAGAAUCUUCUCUGAUGCCUCUUAAUAGAGCAAAUGUCAAAAAAGUGACAGCUAUUGGAAAGCUAGCUAAUUCCCAACAAAUUGUUGAUUGGGGCUCAUUAUGGGUCCGCGAUUCUCAUAUAGUAUCACCUCUAAGUGCAUUUUAUCAAGAUACUUCAUUCAUAACUCUCUACAACGACGGUUCAAGUAUUCGAACUGCAGUCGAGGCUGCCAAAGAAGCCGAUGUAACAAUUGUUAUUGUUGGCUAUGCAGGACGUGAUGAAGGUGAAUAUUUCAUUUGUAUCGAUGAAGAAGGCAACAAAAAAGUUUUAUCGGGUCGGUGGACCUUAAAUGAACAUGAUAUUGCCCUUGCAAAAGCGGUUGUCAGCAUGAACAGUAAAAGUGUUCUCAUACUUGUUGGCAGCAGUGCUAUCAUCCUCGACAAAGAACUACGAGAGAAAUUUACUAGUAUACUCUAUGGAUGGUACUGGGGUUGUGAAGGUGGAAAUGCUUUACAAGACGUAUUAUGGGGAAAUGCAGAAUCAUGGGGUCGACUACCAUUCGUUAUACCAGCAUCAGGAAAAGAUCUUCGUAGAUGGGAUCCAGAUGCUCGUGAAGUGACUUAUGAUCGAUGGUGGGGCUAUCGACUACUUAAUUGUCAAAAGAAUACUCCCGUUUAUCGAUUUGGUUUUGGUUUGGGAUAUGGUCAACAUGAAUUUACAGAUUUUGGCAAUGGUUCACGUAUUGAAUGGCGUAAAGUGUGA